CCUAUGGAUUCCCAGUUUCCUCACGGCCAACGGAACAGGGCGAGGGCGGGGCGAGGCGUGGCUGGGUGUGCGGGUAUAUAAGGGAGGCCUGGACACUGCUGGUCACUCAUUCCCUCAGUACCUACUCAUCCAGGUGGCAGCAGCCCACGACACAACUUGAACUCAUCAUGUUCAGCUACGGAUUCCUUUUCCUGCUGGUGGCGAGCCCCGCCGUGCUGGGCCUCCCGCAGGCGCCUAGUCAGCACUACGGCCCCCCGAAGCAGCACUACGGCCCGCCGCCGGUCAAGCAGCCCUCGCAGCACUACGGCGCCCCAAUCAAGUUCCCUGAGGAAUGCGAGCCCAAGAUCGUCGAGACCUAUGUGACCGAGACCGUGACCGUCCCUUCCUACGUCACCACCACCGUCGACAACUACGUCACGGUCACCGAGACUGAUUACCAGACAGAGUACAGCACCGUGGUCAGCACCGUGCUCGAGCCCACCUACAUCACCGAGACGGAGUACUCCACCUCCUAUGAGACCGUCGUAAACACCGAGUACGUUACCGAGACCGAGACCCUGACCGACGUUGUGUACUCCACCGAGACCCAGUAUGAGACCGUCGUGAGUACCGUGGUCGAGCCUUCUUACAUCACCGAAACUGUCGUCACCACCGCCUAUGAGACCGUCGUGAGCACUGCGUACGUGACCGAGACCGAGGUGACGACCGACAUCGUGUACUCCACCCAGACCCAGUACGAGACCGUUUACAGUACCGUCGUUGAGCCCACCUACAUCACCGAGACCGAAAUCUCCACCAUCGUGAACACCGAUUACGUGACGGAGUACAGCACCGAGAUCCAGUACCAAACCGAAACCGUGCACCACACCGAGACCCAGGUCAAUACCGUCUACUCCACCGAGUACUCCACCGUGCCUUCCUACAUCACCACCACCGUCGAGGUCACUGCCACCAAGGGCGGCUACGGAUACGAGCCCCCUACCAAGGGCUACAGCUACUAAGUCCUCGCGCAGAUAGACUGAGGGUGCUCCGGGAUGACCCAAACCUUCACGCGCCCGUUGUUAAGGCGCGCAGUGUCCUCCCAACCCCUGAUGUUUAUGGAUAUUUAUGUAUUGGUAUUGAUAAUUUAAAUGAAGUCUAUAUUUAAUUAA